AAACUACUCUCCUAAUUCCUAGUGAUUAAUAUCCUAUCACCACAAAUCGCUCUAAAUCCCCACUUACAUAUACAAUUAGUGCCAAUAACUGCAAAGUCCUUUGGAAUUAAGCAUCCGAUUAGUGCUUCCAUACAACAACAAAAGGAACACUCUAAUUUCAUUCUCAAGAUUCAACAGAAACGGAAAUGGAAUCCGAACCGAUCGCCCUCGCCCUCGCCCUUGCCUGCAACGACGAGUACAUCGCUUCAAUCGUCAUCAACACCUCCGAGAAUCCCCAAUCCAACCAAGGAUCCCUACUCUCCGACGACGAUUUCGCCCAUGAAUUGCAGCUCCAGGAAGUCAUCAUCUCUUCCCUCCUCAACCAACCACCCGAAUCCUCCAAAUUACCCGCUGCGGAGGAAGAAGGCGGAGAGUCAUCGCAGUCUCUGUGCGAGAUCUGCGCCGAGAAGAAAGACCGCGACGGCAUGUUCCCCCUCCCCGGCUGCACCCACCGCUUCUGCAACGACUGCAUCUCCCGCCACGUCUCCAUCAAGGUCACGAAGCGCGCCAUCCUCGACGCCCUCGCCUGCCCGGGAACUGGCUGCGGAGGCGCCCUAGACGCCGCCGCGUGCAGGGCAGUGCUGCCGGUUGAGGUGGCGGCGGCGUGGGACGAGGUGCUGUGCGAAGCGGCCAUCGCGGUGGGGGAGCGCGUGUACUGCCCCUACAAGAACUGCUCGGCGCUUCUGGUCAACGACGGCGGCGGCGGGGUCAUCGCCGAGGCGGAGUGCCCCUUCUGCCGGAGGCUCUUCUGCGCGAGGUGCAACGUGGCGCCGUGGCACGCCGGGGUGGACUGCGAGGGGUUCGCGAAGCUAGGGAAGGACGAGAGAGAGGAAGCGGAUUUGAUGGUGCAUGAUCUUGCCAAGUCCAACAAGUGGCGGAGAUGCCCCGGCUGCAACUUCUACGUCGAGAAAAAUGAAGGAUGCCUGCACAUUACGUGCAGGUGUAGGUAUGAGUUCUGCUAUGCCUGUGGAAAAGCUUGGAGUUCUACACAUGGUGGUUGCCAAGUAUGA